AUGAAGCUGAUGAAGAACAUGGGAACCUUCGACAGCGAGGAUCGCGUGAAAUUGUUAAGUAUCAUAGAUUCAUUGAGGGAGUUGGGUAUCAGCGAUGAUAUUCCACUACCGCAGGUAUCACCUCCCCCGCGCACGCCUCCAAUCGAUCCAACUCAUGUUAACCUGGAUGUGACAAAAAACAGCUAGUAGUAGUUGGUGAUCAAUCUUCGGGAAAGUCCUCCCUACUAGAAGGCCUAACUGGGCUCGCCUUCCCAAUAGCUAGCGACCUCUGUACACGCUUCGCAACGCAGAUCGUCCUGCGCCGCGCGCCCUCCGAUCAUUCCCGCAUAAAAGUCUCCAUCAUCCCCGGCCCCGAAGCUCAAGGUAAUGAGACGCAGCGCGCCCACCUCGCCGCCUUUAGGCACACCGCCGACAACAAUGAUUUCGGCGUCGAGCAGUUCUCCGCGCUCCUGAGUGACGCGGCGGAGCGCAUGGGAUUGCCCAGACCCGGCACUGAGGAUGUCGACGACCUCGAGAAGAGGUUCUCGAAUCACGUACUCAAAGUGGAAUUGUCCGGGCCGGAUCACCCCCACCUUAGUGUCGUAGAUGUUCCAGGCUUAUUUCAUAAUCCAACCAGGUAUCAGACAAGGGAGGACUCGGUUAUUAUUAGAGAUUUGAUUGAAAACUACAUCACGGAUCGGAGGACUAUUAUUAUGUGAGUUCAUUAUUAGUGGGUUUGGUUAUAGAGAGUGAGUAAAUACUGAUGAAGGUGUUAGGGCGGUAAUGGAUGGGCGAAAUAACCUUGCCAACCAAGAAGUGUUCAGAAUGGCCCGAGCGGCGGACCCAACUGGUUCCAGGACCGUAGGAGUAGUGACAAAAUGCGACGCUCUCCAACUCGGCGAAGAAGGCGGUGUAAGUUCCCCUCCCUCCGAUUACCAUUGAUGCCCCCCCACCAUCUAAUCACAUCAACCGGUAGAUCCUCCGCAUCCUCCAAAACGAGGCUGAACACCUAAAACAUGGCUGGUUCGCGGUCAAGAACCGCUCAGCAAAAGAUAUUAGAAAUAACGUAACUAUAGAAGAGCGGCAUGUGAACGAAGAAAAGUUCUUCAAAACCAGUCCCUGGUGCGAACUCGAGCGCAACCGGGUCGGGAUCAGGCCAUUGAAAUCCUUCCUGGGUAAACUCUUACACGAGCACAUCCGCGAGGAAUUCCCGAUGCUAGUGGCUGAUAUCGCGGCCAAACUUCGGGAGAGCAAAGCCGAGCUGGCCGAGUUCGGACCUGCGCGGCAGACACCGGCAGAGCAGCGGCUUUACCUAACGAAGAUCGUGAAUCAGUAUGAGGCAGCGGUGGAUCGCGCGCUGGCGGGCACGUACGACCCCGGCCUACCGAGCGACGAUCCAUUGAAGCUUCGGACGCACAUAUUCAACGCCAAUGAGCGGUUCGCUGAAAAGCUGAGGAAGGAGGGGUACCUUAUGGCCUUCCGUGGGGUCGACAAUAAGCCCGACGUGGAGUUUAAUGAGAACGCCGGGGGCCCUGGGGCAGAGCCAAUAUACACCUGGAUUCGCAACUGGUACCGGGAAGCCCGCGGCGCGUGCCUCCCCGGAACGGUAAACCCGGAGAUUGUAAAGUCUCUCUUUCGCCAGCAGUGCAUCGCCUGGAACACCAUCUCCGAAUCACACCUCGCCACCACAGCGGAGAUCGUUAGGAUUUUUAGCGCCGCGCUGUACAAAAAGUGCAUUGAGGACGAGGUCGUCCUACCCAGGAUCCUUGCAAAAGUAAACCCUAUGAUUGAGUCGUCUAUCUCGGCUGCUGAGUCACAACUCGAGACGAUAUUGGCGGAUGAGUUGAGCUCGACUCUCCAAACCAUAAACUCGGGCUUCCCAACAGCCCUCCAGACUACACGCCUCCAACGUCUGGAAGCACGUUUGCGCAGUCAUGGCCUUGCCGACAACACUUACAGUGGGAGUUCCCACGGUACCGUCCGCGCCAUAGCCGGGUACGCGCACUUGAGCAUCGAGGAUCAGGCAGUUUACGAGAUCCACGACAUUCUCAAGUGUUACUACUCCAUCGCGAUCAAGAGAUUUGCGGAUAAUGUCGUCAACCAGGUCGUCGAGAGGUACCUGCUCGGUAGGGAGGGGCCCGUUAAAUGCUUUUGCAGCGAACACGUAAGCUCGCUCGGAGAGGGGGAAUUGGCGGGGCUUGUGGCGGACGAUUACGAGACCAGUGCGCGGAGGACGGACGUCAAGUAUAGGAUUGGAAGGCUGGAGAAAGCACUGGAGAUUGCGAGAAAAGCGAAUAUGUGA